AUGGGCAACUUCAAUGAUCGAGUACCACAUGCAACCUAUACUAAUCCUAGUAAUAUGCAAUUGUAUGAUGUUAUAAAACACGUAUGGAGAGAUGCAGAACCUGGAGAUAUGAUUCAAUAUCACCGAAUAGAUUAUGAGCAUUGGGCAAUCUAUAUUGGUAAUGAUAAAGUUAUUCAGGCGACAGUUAGAGAUUUCGGCAAUACGUUCAUGGAUAAAUUCAUGUCAGCUAUGGUAACGAUUAUAACUUUUGGACGCCAGACUGCAUUUGCAAAAAUAACAGAAGAAUCUUUCCACAAUGUACUUCAGAGUGAUGGUGUGGCAAGAAUCAAUAAUUUCAAAGAUGAGCAAUGGGAAGUUUUACCAGAGAAUAAAAUCGUUGAACGUGCUCGCAAAUGUGUUAACAUAUAUCCUUAUCCCUAUCAUGUUCUUUGUAACAAUUGUGAGCACUUUGUAACUUGGUGUCGGUAUGGACGAGGUCUGAGUGGUCAGGAAGAAGCAUUUUGGUCAACGAUAACAUUUGGAAUAUAUAAACGGAAUGAUGUGGUGGUUGUUUCCACUCUUGGUGAUACCGUUGACUCUAAUCCACCAAAGGGCCCUUUAUCAGAUGUAACAUCAAUAAUUACACCUACAGAAAAUGGUGAAUUAUGUAAACUACCCUAUAGAGUCAACCCCUACAGUUGGGAUAUGCAUUUCUGUAACGAAGAUUAUUGUGAAACAGCAACAAACCCCAAAAGCAAAUGUGCAUCAGGUCGAUUCGGACAUGUACAAUUGUUCAAUACAAAUGUCUACUCUAUUCCUCUUAACGCUGGCACAGGUGGUAUCAAUGGAAUAAAUGAACAAUGUAUUAUUUAUUAUUAUUACAUACCCGACAGUGUUGAUAUUCAAAUGAGUAUUACACUGCGCAAAGUAGAGAAUGAUUCUACAACUGAAAUCAUCGAUUCUGUUACAAAUAGUCCAUUCAAUGGAUGGACACAGCAAAAAAUCGAUUUUCAAGCAAGACAAUCUGAAUAUAUGAUUUAUUUUGACUUUCAGAAAACCAUUGGUAUCUUACCUUCGUUUGGAAUUGACGAAAUUUCAAUCCAUCAAGGUCUCUGUUCUGACGCAUACAUCACUCAAAGUACAACAAAUGAAGUAUCAACAUCAACUGUUUCUAUACCAACUACUGAAUCAGAAACAUCAAUGGCAAUCACAAUGGAAUCAUCUACAAUUACUACCAAUACAUCGACAAUCAUCAGCGAGGAAACCAUUACAUCGGUGAUUUCUUCGACACAAAUGGAUACAGGUCAAUUUACAAGCAGUACAUCUACAAUGAUCACCACUCGAGCAACAUCUACAAUGAUCAUCACUCGAGCAACAACAUCUACAAUGAUCACCACUCAGGCAACAUCAACAAUGCUUGCUACCACAGUCAUGCCAGGCACUAUUUUUACUGUAAAAAAUUCAAGCACAACAACCAUGGAAACAACGUCAACGAAUAAAAUCACUGAAAAUAUUGAACUAACUUCAAUAAGAAAUCUUUCUCAUAUGACGUCAACCGUUACCGAUCAACAACCCAUGUCGAAUUCCCAAACGCUUAUUAUUAUUUUAGGUACUACUAUUCCUAUAGGCAUAUCUGGAGUUAUUCUUCUAAUUACAUGGCUUAAAUCUUCUUUUUGUAGCAAAAGAAGUAAAUCAAAUAUUCAUGAAAUGAAUCAAGUAGCACCAACACCUAUAUAA